AUGAAAUCCAUAUCAUUAGUAGAUAGCUCAUUUCCGGGUGCUACAAUAAAUGUAAAUGAAGGGAAAUAUCAAUAUACAUUUGAAUAUCCUUGUGAAUCAAAUACUCAAUGCACAGAUUAUGAAGUAACAUUAGCACCUGGAUUAUAUAGAUUUGAAAAUAAUACAUGCAUUUCCAAUUCAGUUGUUCGCAAAUAUAAUGGAAAUACAGUCUGUUAUCAGAUGUCGAGUAUUGGAGGUGCCGGUGGAUACAUCUCAGGUAUAAUCCAUAUUCCCCAUGAGACUGUCACUUUUUUGACCAUAGGAGGUCAAGGUAGCUAUGGAUAUACUCUUAAUGAAACUGAAACCGAUCGAUGUUUCUCAAAAGAAUACAUGAUUAAAGGAGGAUAUGGAGGCGGGGGGAGCUCUUCGAACUUCUGUAAUAUUGAUUUAGCAGGCCCUGAUGGCUGCGGAACUUCAAGUGGAGGGGGUCAAACCACUGUCAAAUUCCAUAAAAACGAUUUGUGGCAUCGUGUGAUUGUAAGCGGUGGUGGAGGCGGUUCUGAUAAUCUAGAAGGGACUUUUGCAGGCGCCGAAGAUGGAUCUGGAGGUGCCGGAGGAAAUUUGGUAGCCCAAAGUUGGUUUUCAGCUGGAAAAUUGCAAAAAGAAUACUUUACCAGUUCUUCAAGUGGCUUUACUUUUGGAACGGGAGAAGCAGCAAGAAAUGGAACCACAGCAAAUAAUAGAGCUGUUCCUGUUGGCAAAAAUGUUGACCAUGCGGGUGCUGGUGGAGGGUGGUUCGGAGGUUUUGCCUCUCAAGACGGAGCCUCUGGUGCAGGAGGUGGAAGCUCGUGGGCUUUAACCUCUGAUGCAAUUAUCCCUGAUGGAAAUAUAGAUGCCGCCGCCGAAUUUUUUAAAAAUAUUAAAUCUGAGCCUUAUGCAUUCAAAAAGUCAUCUGGGUAUUUGUUUACGGAUGUUGUUAAUGUUGCUGGAAUAUGGAAUGGCAAUGGUCGAAUUGUUAUUACUAUUUUGAAUUUUGUCUUGCCUCAAUCAUGUCCGAACAAUAUUCGAUUUUUCCAUAGUAUGCUGGUAUUUCUAAUGUUUUGA